AGAUACCAAGCUUCUCCAGCAUUUGCUGUAGAGAGAAAAAUACAGCGAAAGAACCAUGGCAGGAGCUUGCUUAUCUUCUUCUUGUUUAAGCUUCACUUCAAAAUUCAAUACCCUUUCUCUCAAUAGACCAAACCCAUAUACUAAUGCAUUUAAGCCCCUCAGCUUCUCUGCUAACACUUCUCUCAAUCUCUUCUCUAAAGGGAGUGGUUCAAUGAGUCCAGUGGGAAUGCCGUUGCGUCGUUCCAUUGUUUGCGAAGCAGCUCCAACGAAGAAGGCGGAUUCAGCAGCCAAAAGGGCAAGACAAGCUGAAAAGAGGAGACUUUACAACAAGGCUAAAAAAUCUGAGGUUAAGACUCGGAUGAAGACAGUUUUGGAAGCAUUGGAAACUUUGAAGAAGAAAACCGAGGCACAGGCAGAGGAAGUUAUUUCUGUUGAGAAGUUGAUUGCGGAGGCAUAUUCAGCAAUCGAUAAAGCAGUGAAAGCUGGAACACUUCACAGGAACACUGGCGCGAGAAGAAAGUCUCGACUUGCUAGAAGAAAGAAAGCAGUUGAGAUCCAUCAUGGCUGGUAUGUUCCAGCUCCAGUCACUGAACCUGAUCUUGUAGCCACAGCUUGAUAGUCAUCCACAUUUUCCAUGUUCAAUGUAAAGCAGUGGCACCUUGUGGAAAAUUCAGAUUCCUAGAGUAUGAUCAGAUCACUUCAUUUUUGAUAUUGUAUAUGACCUGGUUGUGCAAUCAAUUUCUCCUUUUUCA